AUGGUGGACGAGGGCAUGGCCGCGCUGCGGCGGCGCAUCCGCGAGGUGGAGGACGAGGAAGUGGAAGAGCCGGAGGAGGAGGAGGAGGAGGGCGGCGUGGACGUCUUCGUGCCCCCGGGCGAGUGGACGGAGCUGGAGCGGCGGCACCACGGGCUGUACGUCGCGGGCGUGCGCGAGGCGCUCGGCAUCCUGUUCGCGCUGCUGGUGCGCGCGCGGCCGGGGCUCGGCGCGGGGGUCGUGGCGCUGGUGCUGCUCAGCGUGCCGGCCACGGUGCUCCUCGUGUCCGCCGAGCUCGUCCGGGCUGUCCACUCCAUCUCCGCCGCCGUGCUCAGCGGCAGAAUGUAG